GGCAUUUUGACUCUCUCUUAUCCUCCUCGGAGAAUUCUCUCUCCUCUACCUCGGCUCAGCUCAAAACCCUAUCGAGAAACAUUCCCAUCGCUCGCUCCUCGCAGAGCUCGAAUCGAGCCCCGUUCAGUCCGAUUCGGAUCCGGUUCGAGCACGAAAAUGGGGAUGAGCAGCGAUCCGAACCCGGACGUCUCCGACGAGCACCAGAAGCGGUCGGAGAUCUACACGUACGAAGCCCCCUGGCACAUCUACGCCAUGAACUGGAGCGUCCGCCGCGACAAGAAGUACCGCCUCGCCAUCGCCAGCCUCCUCGACCACCCCACCGCCAUCACCAACCGCGUCGAGAUCGUCCAGCUCGACGACUCCACCGGCGAGAUCCGAGCCGACCCCAACCUCUCCUUCGAUCACCCCUACCCCCCGACCAAGACUGCCUUCGUCCCCGACAAGGACUGCCAGCGCGCCGACCUCCUCGCCACCUCCGGCGACUUCCUCCGCAUCUGGCGCGUCGCCGACGACUCCUCCCGCGUCGAACUCCGCUCCUUGCUCAACGGCAACAAGAACAGCGAGUUCUGUCGGCCCCUCACCUCCUUCGACUGGAACGAGGCCGAGCCCAAGCGCAUCGGCACCUCCAGCAUCGACACCACCUGCACCAUCUGGGACAUUGAGCGCGAGACCGUUGACACCCAGCUCAUCGCCCACGACAAGGAGGUCUACGACAUCGCCUGGGGCGGCGUCAGCGUCUUCGCUUCCGUCUCGGCCGACGGCUCCGUCCGGGUCUUCGACCUCCGUGACAAGGAGCACUCGACCAUCAUCUACGAGAGCUCUGAGCCCGACACCCCCCUCGUUAGGCUCGGGUGGAACAAGCAGGACCCCCGCUACAUGGCCACGAUCAUCAUGGACAGCGCCAAGGUGGUUGUGCUCGACAUCCGCUAUCCUACUAUGCCAGUCGUCGAGCUGCAGAGGCACCAAGCGAGUGUGAACGCGAUUGCCUGGGCGCCACACAGCUCCUGUCACAUUUGCACAGCUGGGGACGACUCGCAGGCGCUCAUCUGGGACCUGUCAUCGAUGGGGCAGCCCGUGGAGGGUGGCCUAGACCCGAUUCUGGCCUACACGGCAGGGGCGGAGAUCGAGCAGUUGCAGUGGUCGUCCUCGCAGCCUGAUUGGGUUGCGAUCGCAUUCUCUUCCAAGCUUCAGAUACUUAGGGUGUAAUGGUUAGUGAGUAAUCGUUAACUUGUGUAGUGGGGCUUAGAAAGUGAUUUAUUUGUGCCCCAUUCAUUCGACUUGACUGACUGGUGAAACUGAGGUUACUGAUGGCUGUUGAUGGUAAAUGUGAUUAUUGCAGCUUCGCACAUGUUUGCAUGGCGUAAUGCGUCCGACCUUUUAUGUUUUGAGUUUUCAUGGGCUGCCAAAUACUGGGUCUCACGCUCCAAUCAACAUACUGAAAUGUAGAGCUCCUAUUUUUUUUGUGAUCCUAUCCAUUGGAGAUCAAUUUGAAUAGGAAUUUUUGCAUUUCGAGUUGAUCGUAGUUCUAAUUGCUGGUGGUCUGGUGUGAUCAUCUUCUUCUGAUGUAAAGCCUGCCUAUGAGAAGAAGAAGUUUACCCUUUUCCAGAUU